AUGAUCAAGGGACAUCAAGAACACAUCGCCAGCCGGAAGUCAGGCUCACGACCAGAACCAGUAGCACAACCAGUAAAACUUGACAGAAUAAGGGCCAAUGGAAGAUCAAAUAGUCCCAAAAUGAGCGAUCGAAUCAGAGAAGAUAUCGAGAAUGGAGUAUCAAAUGUCCGCGAGCCGGGUGCUGGUACAGAAGACAUGAUUCCAGAUCGCUUUUUAUCACCGCAGGAAGCUGCGGCCGCUUUUGCUCAAAAGAAACCCUUUGUGGCACUCGGCGCCAUUGCCUUGAAUACAUUUGUCCAUCAAUAUGCUAUUCUGGACUAUGCAUUGAAGACAAACGUACCAGCAAAUCCGGAGAGAAAAAGAGCCCCGUUGCAGGUCCAUCAAUUGCACAACUCUUUCUCUGUAUCCGAAUAUGAAACCAUAGAAGAAAUUCUUACCGGCCGCAGGCACUCAGCAGGUUUCCGCUUUUCAACCAGAGCAUAUGCUGGAAAAACUUUACACAUUGAUUUCGACCUGCUCCACCAUGCCUGGCGCAUAAGCGAAGUCAGCAUCGGUUAUCAUCGACGUCUAAAAUCUCAGUUCUUCUUUCCACGCAGCCCACUACCCUACCAUUCUUAUUCCCAAUUUCGCAACCGCCAUUCCGAAUAUCACGCAAAUACUAAAUGGAAAGUGGACGCUAACCAAUCGAAAGAAUCCACAUACAUUGUUUCUGGAACUGGGUCUGCUGAUGCCGUAUUGGGUGGGGGAGCAGGGGUUGAGUGCGGAGGAGAUGGUCAAUAUGAAGGGGGAUGGGUGGAAAUUGUAGAAGAGGGAUAG